CAUGGUUGCUUACUUACAAGUUACGACUCACUAGUCAAACACUCACUCCCUCUCACACAUGAUUCAUCGUUAACACUUCAACAUCUCCCUCUCAUUAAUUACAACAAUGCCCUCACGCCCGCCGCCACCGCUUCCUUCUCCGGCGGCCACCACCCAUCACCACCACCGCGAAAUGAUACUCGGCGGAGCCAUCGCCGCCGCCGUAUUCUUCAUCGCACUCGUCACAUCAGUAGCAAUCUUCCUCUACCGGAAACUCUCCUACAACCGCACAGCACCAUUCGAGCACAGCCAGCGCCGAUUCUCGUACUCAGUCCUCCGCCGCGCGACAAACUCGUUUUCCCCGUCGACGAGGUUAGGCCACGGCGGGUUCGGGUCGGUUCACAAGGCGACGCUGCCGUCGGGUCAGACUGUCGCGCUGAAAGUGAUGGAUUCGCCUGGUUCGAUCCAAGGGGAGAGGGAGUUUCACAACGAGCUCUCUCUCUGCUCCAAUCUGAGGUCGCCUUUCAUUCUUUCGCUUCUGGGUUUUUCGUCGGACCGGCGCGGGAGGAAGCUUGUGCUGGUGUACGAGCUCAUGCCGAACCGGAGUUUGCAGGACGCGCUUCUGGACCGGCGGUGCCCGGAGCUUAUGGUCUGGGUGAACCGGUUUGAUGUUGCGGUUUCGGUUGCGAAGGGGUUGGAGUAUCUGCAUCAUCACUGUGACCCGCCGGUGAUUCAUGGGGAUAUUAAGCCGAGCAACGUGCUUCUGGAUCGGGAAUUCAAGGCGAAGAUUGGGGAUUUUGGGCUUGCGAGGGUGAAGAGUACGGUGGAGGAAUCUGGGAUCGGGAUGGUGGAGGAGAAGAAGAAGGAGGGUGUUGAGGAUUGUUGCUCGGUUUUGGAGGAUGUGGAGAGUGUGGCGACGAAUACUACUGUUGAACGGUCGCCGGAGAGUUGUACGGUGAGGGUUUUGGAUUCUGAUGCUUCGCCGGAGGUGGGGGUGGUGGUGUCGCCGGAGAUGGGGGUGGGGGUGGAUAAAUUGAGUGUUUUGUCUGAUGGGUGUUUGGAUAAGCUGAGUAUUGAUAGUGGGACUGGGAACCAGAGGAAGAAGGGUGGUGGUGGUUCUGGGAGGGAUUGGUGGUGGAAGCAGGAGAGUGGGGGAGGUUCUGAAUCAGGGAGGGUGAAGGACUAUGUGAUGGAAUGGAUUGGGAGUGAGAUAAAGAAGGAGAGACCAAAGAGCGAGUGGGUUGAUUCUGGCUCUUCUCCUUGCUCUGCAGGGAGGAAUAACAGUGGCGUUGGCAUUGCUGCAGUGGCGGCGGCGGUGGUGAAGAAGCAGAGGAAGAGGUUGGAUUGGUGGGCAUCUCUUGAUGAGGAGAAGGUUAAGGCGAAGAAGAAUCGGAAGCCGAGGGAAUGGUGGAAGGAGGAGUUCUGUGAGGAGCUUGCCAAGAAGAGCAGGAAGAAAAAGAGGAGUCUUGAUUCCAGUGGCGAAUCUUGGUGGCAGAGAGACAUUGAGGAUGGUGCAGCCAAGAAGAAGAAGAAGAGGAAGAGUAAAGGUAGUAGAGGGAGUAUAGAUUGGUGGUUGGAGGGUUUGAGUGGUGAGAUUAGGAAUCUGGGAAGGAGGAAUAGCCAGGAUUGGGUAAGUGGAGAUAUCCCCAAGAGUGGUGGAAUUAGCAGCACACCAAGUAUGAGGGGAACUGUUUGUUACAUUGCCCCUGAGUAUGGUGGUGGUGGACAACUAUCUGAGAAGUGUGAUGUGUAUAGUUUUGGUGUUUUGCUCCUGGUUUUGAUUGCUGGAAGGAGGCCACUUCAGGUGACGGCAUCCCCUAUUUCCGAAUUUGAGAGAGCUAAUCUCAUUUCUUGGGCUAGGCAACUUGCUCACAAUGGGAGGCUAUUGGAUCUUGUUGACACUUCCAUUCAUUCAUUGGACAAGGAGCAGGCACUGCUCUGCAUCACCAUUGCCUUGUUGUGCCUGCAGAGAUCGCCGGCGAAGAGGCCUUCCAUGAAAGAGAUUGUGGGGAUGCUUACCGGUGAGGCUGAGCCGCCUCACUUGCCCUUCGAGUUCUCGCCAUCACCACCGUCUAAUUUCCCCUUCAAGUCCCGGAAGAAGGCUCGGUGAGUUCUGCUCAGUGAGUGAGUCUUCUUGUCACAAUUAAUCAAUCAUUAACUUAUGAGUGUAUGUUGUUUUAGGCCAAGUCUAAUUUUUAUUCAACAUUUGUAUGUAGAGGCUAAUGCUAGAAAAAUAGUGAGUUACAACAAGUCUUGCAUAAAUCCAUUUGUUUCCUUUUUCUGUGCUUUCUAUUUUUUACCCCUUUUCCUAUGACUGUUCAUCCUGACCUGGUUCUGUUUCUUACUUUUUAAUCUGAAAGAUCUUUUUGAGCU